UUUGAUAUUCUCCAUACCUGUUUUUGGAUUGACCUUGCGCUGACCCCUGGUGUUGGACAUGAACAGCUCUUUGAUGAGUGACAUACUGUAACAAACUGUAAUAUUUGGAUUAUUGAUCAAAGAGAUAACUUUUAAAAUAGCUGUCUUGUAAGACAGAUGUGCUUUUAAAUCAUUUUGCUCGGGGUCAAGGAGGGAACCUUUCAACAAAGUGUCCUCGGUUAUCUGUUCAGAGUCUCUCCUUUGUGUAAAAACUGCAAAUCUGAACUUACACUAUUUGUUUUGUUUUCCUCAGACUGAAGGAAAAAGUCCUUCAAACUCCCAGUAUCCACAAACGGACGGGGCGAGGACUACGAGCAAGCACCCAUGUGCUGACUUAGACCCAAUGACAAAGCCUGACUCUACCCUAUCUGAUGAUCUCCAUCCAUGUCCUGAGCAAGAGAUCUGGAGCCCUAACCUGACCGAGACGCACCCAUCCGGCCAGAAAUCCAGAAAACGGCUUACAAUGAAAAGCGUUAAAUCUAAGAAAAUGUUCGGCUGGGGAGAUUUCCAGUGCACCGUGAGGACGGCAAGCCUGAACCUUCUGAUCAAAGGGAAGAUCGUAGAUCACGGCAAUGGAACGUUCAGUGUUUAUUUCCAAUACAACAUGACCGGUGGAGGGAACGUAUCCGUAGGCCUGGUUCCUCCGACCAAAGAAGUGGAAUUUAAUGGGACGACACAACAAUCAGUUGUGCGCUCUGUGGAGUCUCGAAUGUUUAACUGCCGAGUGGAACGUGAGAGGCGGGAGAAAACUCAGAGGAGCUCACGAUGCUGGUUUGAUCCUUCGCAAAGCUGCGAUCAGGACCAGACCCACAGUCAUGUCUCGUGGCUCUGUUCCAAACCAUUCAAAGUCAUCUGCGUCUAUGUCUACUUCAACAGUCUGGACUACAAACUGGUGCAGAAAGUCUGUCCUGACUACAACUACCAUAGUGAAUCGCCAUACUUUCCUACUGGAUAAGGGUUUUCCCUACUGAAAAGACCAGCUCAGACCUGGUUUUAGCUGGUCUCCCAGCCUGGUUUUAGCUGGUUAAGCAGGCUGGUUUUACAGGGGUUUUGGACAUUUUUUUAGCUGGUUGGGCUGGGAUACCAGCUUACCACA